ACUGGAGCUUUACAGCUUGGUCUAAGCAGCUUCUGGAGGCCCAGUCCUGCAUGAGAUCCUGAAGAGUGUCUGUCCCGUUUGUUUCCUGCUGGGACUGCGACAGUAGCUCUUGGAUCUGUUACCCGCACGGCGGCCAGAAGGAGCACUGAAACCUCUUUACGCCGCUUCCCUGCUUGAAAUCCUUCAGCGAUUUGCUGGUGCUUUGGGGGAAGAGGGGGAUUGCCCUCCCCGCUGACACCGUAGAGGAGCUGCGGGACAUCAUCGGCAUGGACAAGCCCACCAGCCUCCCAGAUUUCCUGACCAAGUUUGACUACUACAUGCCUGUCAUCGCGGGCUCCCGGGAGGCCAUCAAAAGGAUCGCCUAUGAGUUUGUUGAGAUGAAGGCCAAGGAGGGCGUGGUGUACGUGGAGGUGCGUUACAGCCCGCACCUGCUGGCCAACUCUAAAGUGGAGCCGAUCCCCUGGGACCAGACCGAAGGGGAUCUCACCCCCGAUGAGGUGGUGGCUGUGGUGAACCAGGGCCUGCAGGAGGGAGAGCGAGACUUUGGGGUGAAGGUGCGGUCUAUCCUGUGCUGCCUGCGCCACCAGCCCAACUGGUCCCUGGAGGUGGUGGAGCUGUGUAAGAAGUACCAGCAUCAGACUGUGGUGGCCAUUGACCUGGCUGGAGACGAGACCAUCCAAGGGAGCAGCCUCUUCCCGGGACACGUGAAGGCCUACGAGGAGGCCGUGAGGAGCGGCAUUCACCGCACUGUCCAUGCAGGGGAGGUGGGCUCCUCGGAGGUGGUGAGACAGGCUGUGGACACGCUUAAGACGGAGAGGGUGGGACAUGGCUACCACACGCUGGAUGACGAGGCCCUUUACACCCGGCUGCGCCGUGAAAACCUACAUUUCGAGGUCUGCCCCUGGUCCAGCUACCUCACAGGCGCCUGGAAGUCGGACACAGAGCAUCCGGUGGUUCGGUUCAAACGUGACCAGGCUAACUACUCACUCAACACGGAUGACCCUCUCAUCUUCAAGUCCACCCUGGAAACCGAUUACCAAAUGACCAAACAGAACAUGGGCUUUACUGAAGAGGAAUUCAAGAGGCUGAACAUCAAUGCGGCAAAGUCCAGUUUCCUCCCGGAAGAUGAGAAGAGGAAGCUUCUUGAUCUGCUCUAUAAAGCCUAUGGGAUGCCAUCGUUGGCUGCUGCAGGGCAGCGUCUCUGAAGACAUCACAGCCACCUCUCCAAGCCCUCACCCUGUGGAUGGAGCCUCCCUGACUCUGGGGCCUGGAAUGACACUCCUACCUUUACUCCUUCAAGGAAGACCAGGGUUCCCAUAGUCAGCUACUGCUGUUCUUGAAGCCUGUGUGCCUGUUUCUGUACACGUGAAAACUUCAGCAUGCUGUAUCUCUCCUCAGACUGUGGACCAGAGUCUGGUUGAAUCUGAAACCUUCCUAUGGGGACUCAUGCUGAAAAUCUGGUGCUCAAUAAAGAAGCUAAUGACUA